AUGCGUGGUGACUCGGUGCCCACUGCCUUGUCAGAUGACUCGGUGCCCGCUGUCGAGCCAGAUGACCUGAUGCCUGGUGACCCGAUGCCCGCUGUCGAGCCAGACGAUCCAAUGCCUGAUGACCCAGUGCCCGCUGUCAUGCCUGUUGACUUAGUGCCAGCUGUCAUGCGUGGUGACUCUGUGCCCACUGCCUUGUCAGAUGACUCGGUGCCCGCUGUUGAGCCAGAUGACCUGAUGCCUGGUGACCCGAUGCCCGCUGUCGUGCCAGUUGACCUGAUGCCUGGUGACCCGAUGCCCGCUGUCGUGCCAGUUGACUCAGAGCCCGCGGUCGUGCCAGAUGACUCGGAGCCCGCGGUCGUGCCAGAUGACUCGGAGCCCGCGGUCGUGCCAGAUGACUCGGAGCCCGCGGUCGUGCCAGAUGACUCGGAGCCCGCGGUCGUGCCAGAUGACUCGGAGCCCGCGCGGUCGUGCCAGAUGACUCGGAGCCCGCGGUCGUGCCAGAUGACUCGGAGCCCGCGGUCGUGCCAGAUGACUCGGAGCCCGCGGUCGUGCCAGAUGACUCGGAGCCCGCGGUCGUGCCAGAUGACUCGGAGCCCGCGUCGUGCCAGGUGACUCGGAGCCGCGGUCGUGCCAGGUGACUCGGAGCCCG